AUGCAAUUCCCAACCAUCGCCACCCUCCUCACCAUGGCCACCAGUGCCCUCGCCAUCACCGUCUCCUACGACACCGGAUACGAUGAUGCAUCCCGCUCCUUGGACGUUGUCUCCUGUUCCGACGGAAGCAACGGACUCAUCAGAAAGGGUUUCAGCACCCAAGGAUCCUUGCCAAACUUCCCCAACAUUGGUGGUGCAUCCACUAUCGGCGGAUGGAACAGUGCCAGCUGUGGAAGCUGUUAUCAAUUGAGCUAUGCAGGAAGAAGCAUCAAUGUGCUUGCGAUUGAUCAUGCCGCGGCUGGAUUCAACAUUGGUCAGAGGGCUAUGGAUACUUUGACUGGUGGUCAAGCAGUCGCUUUGGGAAGAAUCGAUGCUUCCUAUGUCCAACUUGACCCAAGUGCUUGUGGAUUGUAA